UUCGUACAUUUUCAAUCAGUGAAGUGUUAGAGGUCGCAGUGAUUAUACUGAAGCAGUAGAUAAGCUAUUAUGAAUCCAACAUCCAUAGGAUUUCUAAUGUUUAUUUGUUUCAAUUUUUGUAGAUGUAAUCCGUACAAAAAUAAACCUUGCAAUCUUACAAAUGGCUUGGAGGGAGUGUGCGAAAUAGUAGAUAAUUGUCCCAUUUUAUCAAUUGACGGUUCAACACCAGCGGUUUGCGGAAUUCAUGAAAAAGUAGCGUUUCUUUGCUGUCAAAGAGGUUCUAAAUUAGCACACACAACACAUGGAAAUCGAAUCCCUGGAGAAAUAAGUAAAAAAAAAUGCAAAGAGUAUUCGGAGUAUGUUUACGAAUGGAGGGACCCGGUGAUUCCUUUAGUUCACGCCCCAAAGAUUAAAGUGUACGAUUGUCAUUUCUUGUCAAUACCAUUGGUAGUAGGUGGGAGGAAAUCAUUGGCUAGGGAAUUUCCUCAUAUGGCAUUGAUAGGUUACAAGUACGACGGGAAAAUAAACUGGGACUGCGGAGGUACCAUAAUCCACGAGGAAUACAUCCUGACAGCCGCCCACUGCGUGUUCCACAGUAAAAAGCACGUCAACCCUAUGUACAUAGCCGUGGGCUUCACGGAAAAGUCUCAUGUGAACGACAAUGCCCAGUUCGUAAAGGUUAUAAAGACCAUACCGCAUCCAGACUCCGUCAGCGACUUGUUGUCCAACGAUAUUGGUCUUCUGAAGGUGCAGAAAUUAAAUUUCACCACGUACGUCAGACCGGCCUGUCUCAACACCAAUUCAACCAUCCAAGUUGACCGUGCUAUUGCCACAGGUUGGGGUAAACUUGGGUUUAGGAGAAACAGUAGCGAUGCACUUUUAAAAGUUAAUCUUAACUUGUUUACGAUGGAACAGUGUCGAGCACAAAUGGGGAACAUUAAUAUGAAUAUAUCGGAGGGGAAACACAUUUGUGCUGGGUCUAUGACUGAAAUUAAGGAUACCUGUAGUGGGGAUUCAGGUGGACCAUUGCAAGUAUUUCAUGACGACAGUGUGGAUAAAGCCAGAUGCAUGUAUGAUAUAAUAGGGGUAACAUCCUUUGGAAAGCAAUGCGGAUUAAAAGUAGGAAAUCCUGGAAUUUACACUCGAGUUUCCGAAUACAUUCAAUGGAUAGAGGAUAUUGUUUGGCCGAAUUAUUUGUCCAAUUUGCGAUUGAAACUCAGUGGCAGUCGAGAUGUGGUAAGAUCAAGAGGUCAGACAGCAGUACGUUCAAAGCCAAAGAAUAUGAAGGUUGUUUACGUUUUUAGCAUAGCGCUGUUUGUUGCAGUUAAUGCCCAAAAAUAUAAAGGGGACAGUUGUAUUGGUGAAACGGGCAAACCGGGAAUAUGCACACUUAUCCCAAACUGUCCCGCGGCCAUUCAAGCCAUUCGAAGAGGCAAUUAUAAUUCCCUGGUGAAUUGUGGUUUUGACAGAACCGCACCAAUAAUUUGCUGUGAAGGAGCAUCAGGAACAGGUGGUUCGUCUGGAGGAGGCGGUGCAUCUGGAGGAGGCGGUUCAUCUGGAGGAGGUGGUUCAUCAGGGGGAGGCGGUUCAUCUGGAGGAGGUAGUUCGUCUGGAACGGGCGGAAGCAGGGGACCAGGUGAUAUAAGUAAAAAAAAAUGUGUUGAAUAUUCCGAAUAUGCAUAUGAAUAUAGAGAUCCAGUUAUUCCUUUGCCGACCGCCCAAAGGACUAAAUCAUUGGAAUGUGGAAUCUUGUCGCAAACCCUAAUUGUUGGAGGUGAAAAGGCCGGAAUUCGAGAAUUUCCACAUAUGGCCCUUAUUGGUUACAACGAUGGAGACUCGAUUUUUUACGGUUGUGGUGGAUCUAUAAUUAGUGAAAAUUACAUUCUAACUGCGGCACAUUGUUUGGAAAGUGUGCAAUACGGUGUAGCUACCGCAGCUGCGAUUGGUAUGUUGAAAUUAUCCGACAGGACACGCCAAAAUGUGAAAAUUGUCGAUCGUAUUUACCACCCGGGAUAUCAGCCGCCAUCCCGUUACCACGAUAUCGGUUUGUUAAAAAUGGAAGGAGCUAAGAUGAAUGUAAACGCUAGACCGGCUUGCCUCCACACUCAAUUCCAAAUAAAUAAUAACUUUUGCUUAGCUUCUGGGUGGGGCCGAAAAGGAUUCACCGAAGAGACGAGCAAAGAAUUAUUAAAAGUUAAACUGGAGUUGUUUUCUUUGGAUAGAUGCAAUGCCAGUUACAAGUCUGAUGCGGGAGGUAAAAAACUAUUGAGAGGAAUUGACGACUCAACGCAAGUAUGUGCUGGUUCUUCGGUAGAUUUAAAAGACACCUGUCAGGGAGAUUCUGGUGGACCUCUCCAGGUAUAUCAUCAAGAAGGAGUGGAUGGUGCAAAAUGCAUGUACGACUUAAUAGGCGUAACAUCAUUUGGAAAAUCCUGUGGCUUGAUCCGGAAUACUCCUGGAGUCUAUACCAGAAUUUCGGCUUACAUAAAAUGGAUAGAAGACAAUGUGUGGCCACAGUAGCCAAACAUUUUGAGAUACUGAUGUACUAGUUUAUAUUAAAUUGUUUUAAUUUA